AUGACAUGGAUAUCUCCACGAUUGAAUUCUGCUACAUUACCGGAUCCUCAGUUCUCAGAACAUAAGACGAGUGAAGUGACGGCAACGGAAUAUCUUUUGGAACAACAAAAGCGGUGGCUAUUGAAGGCAACAACAAUGCCGAUGUAUCACGUGUCUCGUACAACGAGAUUCAUCCAAUACUGGAAGCACCUGCCCCAUAGAAUGCUGAAAACGUAUCCGGAGCAGACCAUCAUGUACUCGACAUUCGGCCUCGCCACCGUCGUUAUGGCCAUCUACAAGCUCUACAAGUUUAUAAAUCUGGACGAAAGACCAUAUUACCGUGGUUACUAU